AUGCCUGUCUACCUACUAUCCAAACUAGGAGACCCCCUCUUCGCAUUUACAAUCGGCGCCUCAGCCGCCCUCCUCCGCAUCCAGCGCGACCAGCGCGAAAAGAACCCCGAUCGGGCGGCCCAGAUCGGCAUGGGGAGUGUGUUGGGGGAUGGGGGGAGGAGGGUGCAGAGGUGGUGGAGGGGGGAUUUUGUGGGGUUAUAA